AUGUUUGCAGCCCUGGCGUCGGAUCGUCUCGGAGCGGAUUCAAUUAUACUUGCGGCUCUAACGGCGCUCAUGGCUGCUCAGGUUAUCACGGUGAAAGAGGGCUUUCAAGGUUUCGCCAACGAAGGAGUACUAACUGUCCUUGCUCUGUUCGUCGUUGCUGAGGGGAUCACCAAGACCGGAGCGCUCGAUUGGUACAUUGGAAAGGUUUUAGGAAGCCCCACCAAUGCAAGUUCAGCACAGCUCCGUAUCCUCGCACCAGUAACGUUUGCAUCUGCCUUCCUGAACAAUACUCCUAUUGUUGUCGUGAUGAUCCCAAUCAUCCAAAAAUGGGCCAGGAACAUACAUAUUCCGGUUCAACAACUCAUGAUUCCGCUCUCGUUUGCGUCGAUUUUGGGGGGAACUUGUACACUGAUUGGAACGAGUACCAACUUAGUCGUGGUGGGUCUUUUGGAAGAGCGCUAUCCCAACGAUCCAGAUGUCAGCAUCGGCCUCUUCGACAUUGGACUUUACGGCGUCCCAGUCGCUCUCGUGGGGAUGGCAUAUAUUCUUUUUGCUUCCCCUUAUUUGCUGCCUGGUGGAGGGGGGCAGUCUCAAGAUGCCCUAAAUUCUUUGGAGAAAAAUGAAGAGAUUUUGCUUGGAGCCCGGCUGACGUCGUGGUCCCCUGCAGUUUCGAGGACUGUCAAGCGUAGUGGUCUGCGUGACACUGGAGGCAUCUACCUGGUUUCUGUAGUACGGGCAGCAACGGGCCACGCAUACCAAUCCAUUGCUCCAGAGGAGCCGCUUCAGCACGGAGAUGUUCUAUGGUUCUCCGGCUCUGCAUCGUCCGUUGGCGAUCUGCGCAAGAUUCCAGGGUUGAUCUCGUAUCAAAACGAUGAGGUGGAGAAAAUCAACGAGAAGGUCCAUGAUAGACGUCUGGUUCAGGCUGUCAUUGCCAGAAAAGGACCAUUGGUCGGGAAGACUGUGAAGGAGGUCCAGUUCCGGAAGCGGUAUGGAGCCGCGGUGAUUGCUGUACAUCGCGAAGGCAAGCGUGUGCACGAGCAUCCGGGGAACGUGAAGUUGCAAGCAGGUGAUGUGCUGUUACUGGAGGCGGGUCCUUCGUUCAUCGCCAAGAGUGGUGAGAACGACAGAUCGUUUGCUCUGCUAGCUGAAGUGGAGGACUCGGCCCCUCCUCGUUUGAGUCUUUUGAUUCCUGCGUUGUUGAUCACGGCAGGGAUGCUGGUUGUAUUUAUGGCUGACUGGACGUCGCUAUUGGUUUCUGCACUAGUGGCUUCAAUGUUGAUGGUAGCUCUUGGUAUUUUGUCAGAACAGGAGGCUCGGGAUGCGGUGAAUUGGGAAGUAUUUAUAACUGUUGCUGCAGCCUUCGGCAUUGGUACAGCUCUUGUCAACUCAGGGGUGGCAGGAGGGAUUGCUAACUUUUUGGUGGACGUAGGUACUGCAUUAGGUAUCGGGGAGGCAGGGUUGCUUGGAGCCGUGUACUUCGCAACCUUUCUUAUUUCAAAUGUGGUCACGAACAAUGCAGCGGCGGCUCUGUUGUUCCCUGUCGCGUUGAAUGCAGCGGAGCAGACAGGCACUGAUCGUGUUUUGAUGAGUUAUGCGUUGAUGUUGGGCGCGUCAGCCAGCUUUAUGUCACCUUUCGGCUACACAACGAAUUUGCUGAUCUACGGUCCUGGAGGAUACAAGUACAAAGACUUCCUUUUGUUUGGAACCCCAAUGCAGAUCGUGUUGUGGGUAGCGUCAAUUGCCUUCUUGGCGAUCAUUGAGCCUUGGUACAUUAGUUGGAUCGCUGCAGCGGCCAUUCUUGGGAUUAUCAUUGCCCUCCGGUUAUUCUGUCUUUCGCGCACAGCCCUCAGAGCUGGGGAGGAAAAAUAAGCUCACUACUCAUGCUACAUAAUUAAGAUAGGUUUUGUUUUCUUUGCU